AUGGCGUGGAAACCGUCUCUUCUCACGACCAAUACACUGGCGAAUGCUGAACGCCAUGGUAGCAUGUCCACGCCUUUGGAGCCGUUGCCUCUCCUACCGCGGUUAUUCUCCAUCUGGCUUAUUACAGUUGGAAAACGAGCGGCGCAAUGGGUUUUAGUUCUCAUGCUAGACCCCCAUGCCAUCGAGCAGGUCCGCCAAGGAAUUGAGUUCCUCUGUCCUCAAGGGACGAAGGAUUCAGCCAGCUUCGUCUCCAUCUUCGAGUACGAUACUUUAAAGUAUAACCAAUUAAACGAACUUUUGUGGCAGAAGUUUGGGCUCCGAAGCUGCUAUGAUAUUUUCACCCAGACUUAUACCUGCAAGGUCGACCUAAUCAUCGCCAACGCCGUGGCAGGACUUAGAUUCACAGCUCAGAAGAUCACCGAACAUAUACGACUACACAGUCUAGCUCGCGAAUCAAUGAGCAAUUCAAGCAAGCAUAUCACUAUCGAUCUUCUAAUUUAA